AUGUCAACUAGACAUGCGAUGUCGCUUCAUCAUUCAGAUCGUCGUUCGUUAGACGUGCUCCGGGGGCACAAUCAGCGUGGAGACUCGCUCAUCGCUGCACCUAUGGACAUGCAGAGCAAGGAGUUUGACCUUCCGGCAGAAAUCAUCUCAAAGAUCAUAGCGUUCAUCGGCGCCAAGACCAUCUUGCGCGCCAGGGCAGUGUGCCACAAGUGGAACCAUCUAAUUGCACGCUCAGAACAGCUCUGGCGGGUGGUAGCAGUGGAGUGGGGUCUCAUCCCACACAUCGAUGCGCCUCUUCCUUCCCCAGGCACGCGGCAAAGCCAAUGCGACGGUCAAGCGCUCUUGGAGUCUAGUGGCUUCUUCUCUUCCUUCCAAUUUUUCAAAUCUCUUUGUCGGGAGUACCUCGCGCUCACCAACACGUGGAUCAAUCCACGUCUGCAUCACUACCUGAACGAUUGCAAGCCGGGAAGGGAAGACUUACUGCCACGCGGGGGAUUUGGACCUCGGACGGAUCGCAGAUCUGACUUGGCUUUUCGAUUCGCUGCCGCGACCCAAAGUGGGCACAUCAAUCUCUUUUGCAUCGAUGUCUCGCAACGCGCCUUUCACCUUCAGUCUCUACACAUGAUCCGCUGCGUGAAGCGGAUACUCCAGUGGUCCAGGACUCUGCAACAGCUCAUGACGCCCAGACGCUCACUCGUGACUGAGCCUUUGGCGCUCGAUUGGGAUCUGCUUAGCCUCGACAUGGGCUUUGUGGCCGUGUGGAAUGGGCAAGUAGAUGCGGCCUGCCGGGUUGAGGUCUGGAAAGAGCAAGAGACGAGCGCUUAUGUGAAGCACACCGAGUUGACUCUUCCUCGACAAAGCGCAGGCAGGCUACUCAAGCUGCAUUUGCAUUACCCUUUCUGUGGGGUCCUGUGGCGCUAA